UCAACUUCCAAUGCAUUCUGGGAUGUAGCAUGAAACACAAUGGCGGCGAAACUGAAUCAUUUGCAACUUUUUGUGGUCUAUUAUUCGCUUAUAGCAAUAUUGCUACAAAUUAGUCUAACGUUUGCUAAAGAGUUAAAGUGGGACGACAAUGGCUACAUUUUAUAUUGUCCUUGCAUGGGUCGAUUUGGAAACCAAGCCGACCACUUUCUGGGUUCGUUGGCAUUCGCCAAAAUGCUGAAUCGAACACUGGCAGUUCCCCCCUUCAUAGUGUACCGCCACCACGCGCCUCCAUACUCAAAUGUACAUGUCCCCUACAGUGAUUUUUUCCAGCUGGAGGCCCUGACCCACUACCACCGUGUGGUAAGCCUGGAGGACUUCAUGAAGCAUCUUGCCCCAACACACUGGCCCGAGGGACGGAGGGCAGCCUACUGCUUUGAGUCAGCUGCCCAGAGGAGUGUGGACAAGAAGUCCUGCCCCAUGAAGGACGGGAAUCCUUUUGGUCCGUUUUGGGAUCACGUAGGAGUGGAGUUUGACAGGUCUGUCCUGUUUGACGGCUUGUCCUUCAGUUCCUACCACCAACCUCAUUGGCUCAACAAGUUCCCUCCAUCAGAGCACCCUGUCCUGGCCCUGCCAGGCGCCCCAGCUCAGUUCCCUGUGAUAGAGGAAUAUGUGGGUCUGCAGCGGUAUGUAGUGUGGGCGGAAGGGAUGGUGCAGGAGGGACAGGAACACAUCGCUGCUCUGCUGCCCAGGCCAUACGUGGCCAUACACCUGAGGAUCGGCUCUGAUUGGGUAAAUGCCUGUAAGCUGCUCCAGAGUGGGGAUGCUGGGCCUCACUUCAUGGCCUCUCCUCAGUGUGUGGGUUAUAAUCACCAGACUGCCUUGCCCCUCACCAUGACCAUGUGCCUCCCUGACCUGGCUGAGAUCCGCCGGGCCCUCAAGCUCUGGGUCAAGAAAACCUCUGCCCGCUCCGUUUAUAUCGCCACAGACUCAGAGUCCCACCUCGCUGAGAUCCAAAAACUCUUCAAGGAUAAGGUGAAGGUGGUGAGCCUGAAGCCGGACUCUGCCCAGAUGGACCUGUACAUCCUAAGCCAAGCUGACCACUUCGUUGGGAAUUGUGUGUCCUCGUUCUCAGCUUUUGUCAAACGAGACCGGGAUGUUCACGCCCGCCCGUCCUCUUUCUUCGGAAUGGACUAUGCUGGAAAAAUGAACAAGAAAGACGAGCUGUGAAGAUUUUUCCCUUCCUGGGUAGUCUAUUCCGAAGAAAGACGACAAAUGGCUUUUUAAUCUUGGGUUAGGACUUGGACAUUGCAUUGUGGGAAUGUGAUCUUGUACUCCCUACUCAUUAUAUUACACAGUGAUGUAGUAAUACUUUUUUGGGGGGGGGUGUAAACUUUGAUCGCCGUUCGCGGUGAAUAAAGUAACACUCCCUAUACUUUCAAUGCAUUUUUUCAGCAAAAGGUGGGUAAACCCUCGCGCAAAAUAUAAAAUUGCGUUAACUACGUUUACCUGUGUUUAGCCUCCACUACACCACUGCUAUUAAACAAGCAGUUACACUAUUACACAAC